GCACCCCCUCAACCAUUCUUGAGCCAAAAAAGAACCCAAAAGGAUCCCAACAUGGCCGCCCAUAAACAAUCAUCAUUCCUUUUAUUGUCCCUCUUAAUCAUCUCUUUAUGCAAAUCCUCACAGGCUGCUGGGAUUGCCAUAUAUUGGGGCCAAAACUCCAAUGAAGGCUCCUUGGCUGAAACUUGUGCCACAGGGAACUACCAAUAUGUGAACAUAGCUUUCCUAUCCACAUUCGGUAAUGGCCAAACCGCAGUGCUAAACCUAGCUGGGCACUGUAACCCCAGUGCCAAUACUUGUACCCGUUUAAGCUCUGAAAUCAAAGCUUGCCAAGGGCGAGGCAUCAAAGUCCUUCUUUCAAUUGGAGGCGGUGCUGGAAGCUACUCUCUUUCUUCAGCUGAUGACGCAAAGCAAGUUGCAAAUUACCUUUGGAAUACCUAUCUAGGAGGUAAGUCCAAUUCACGUCCACUGGGCGACGCAGUUUUGGAUGGCAUUGAUUUUGACAUCGAGUUGGGUUCAACCCAACACUACGAUGAGCUUGCUAGAUCACUUAAUGGAUUUAGCCAACAAAAAAAGGUGUACUUAGCCGCAGCUCCACAAUGUCCAUCCCCAGAUGCUCAUCUAGAUGCCGCCAUCAAAACCGGUCUGUUUGAUUAUGUUUGGGUUCAAUUCUACAACAACCCUGGAUGUCAAUACUCAGGCAAUGCAAACAACCUUUUGAAUUCGUGGAAAACAUGGACUGCUAUUCAAGCUAAGCAAGUGUUCUUGGGACUACCAGCGGCUACCGCGGCGGCUCCAAGUGGUGGAUUUAUCCCAGCUGAUGUGCUCAAAUCUCAGGUCCUUCCAUCUAUUAAGACUUCUCCCAAGUACGGAGGGGUUAUGGUUUGGAACAAAAAUUUUGAUAAUGGGUAUAGUGCAUCCAUAAAGAGCGCUGUCUAGGUCAUUGCCUAAACUUGCAAACAAUAUGGCAUGCUGAAUAAGCUACUCAUCAAUAGGUUCAAUACCUAUGAACUGUAACAAAUAUCUAUGACAAUAAAGCAUGGUUGCAUGUACUUCAUAAUUU